UCAUUCACUUGCAAAUCAGUGUGUGCCCACAAGCGCCAGCUCUCUGGAGCCGUAACCUUCCCAUCCCGAGAGCUGCAGUUCCAGCCACAGCAGCAAGAAGCACUGAGCCGGAGACCGUGGCGGAGGCAGGAGCAUCCUGGGCGAGUGGCAGGGUGUCCCCAGGAGCCGGAAGGCAAACCGAGAUACCCUCUGAAAGCCAAGCAAAGAACAUUAAGGAAGAAAGGAGGAAUGAGCCUGGCUCUGGUGCACUGAAAAGAGGCGUAUUAAGGAAAGAGGAAAUCACUGCCUGCCUUGCCGUCAGCAUGAGAACUUACCGGUACUUCUUGCUGCUUUUUUGGGUUGGCCAGCCCUACCCAACUUUCUCAAACCCGUUAUCUAAAAGGACUAGUGGCUUCCCGGUAAAGAGGAGGGCCCUGGAGCUCUCUUCGAACAGCAGGAAUGAGCUGAGCCGUUCGAAAAGGAGUUGGAUGUGGAAUCAGUUCUUCCUCCUGGAGGAAUACACGGGAUCUGAUUAUCAGUACGUGGGCAAGUUACAUUCAGACCAGGAUAGAGGAGAUGGAUCACUUAAAUAUAUCCUUUCAGGAGAUGGAGCGGGAGAUCUCUUCAUUAUCAAUGAAAACACAGGGGAUAUACAAGCCACCAAGAGGCUGGACAGGGAAGAAAAACCCGUUUACAUCCUUCGAGCUCAAGCUAUCAACAGAAGGACGGGGAGACCCGUCGAGCCUGAGUCUGAAUUCAUCAUCAAGAUCCAUGACAUCAAUGACAAUGAGCCAAUAUUCACCAAGGACGUUUACACGGCCACAGUUCCCGAGAUGGCUGAUGUUGGCACGUUUGUGGUCCAAGUCACGGCAACUGAUGCCGACGACCCAACCUAUGGGAACAGUGCUAAAGUUGUCUAUAGCAUCCUUCAGGGACAGCCCUACUUUUCAGUGGAGUCAGAAACAGGUAUCAUCAAGACAGCGUUGCUCAACAUGGAUCGAGAAAACAGAGAACAGUACCAAGUGGUGAUCCAGGCCAAGGACAUGGGCGGCCAGAUGGGAGGACUGUCGGGGACCACGACCGUGAACAUCACACUGACAGAUGUCAAUGACAAUCCACCCCGUUUCCCCCAGAGUACCUACCAGUUUAAGACCCCUGAGUCUUCUCCACCGGGAACGCCAAUUGGCAGGAUCAAAGCCAGUGAUGCUGACGUGGGAGAAAACGCAGAGAUAGAGUACAGCAUCACAGACGGUGAGGGACACGAUAUGUUUGACGUCAUCACUGACCAGGAAACGCAGGAAGGGAUUAUAACUGUCAAAAAGCUCCUAGAUUUUGAAAAGAAGAAGGUGUACACCCUCAAGGUAGAAGCCUCCAAUCCCCACGUCGAACCCCGAUUUCUCUACCUGGGUCCCUUCAAAGACUCGGCCACGGUGAGAAUCGUGGUGGAUGAUGUAGACGAACCUCCUGUCUUCAGCAAACUGGCCUACAUCUUACAGAUUCGAGAGGAUGCUCAGAUAAACACGACCAUAGGCUCUGUCGCAGCUCAGGAUCCUGAUGCCGCCAGGAAUCCCGUCAAGUAUUCUGUGGAUAGACACACAGAUAUGGACAGGAUAUUCAACAUUGAUUCUGGAAAUGGUUCGAUUUUUACAUCAAAACUUCUGGACCGGGAAACCCUGCUGUGGCACAACAUCACAGUGAUAGCGACCGAGAUUAAUAAUCCAAAGCAAAGCAGCCGAGUGCCUCUAUAUAUUAAAGUUCUCGACGUCAAUGACAAUGCCCCGGAAUUUGCUGAAUUCUAUGAAACUUUUGUCUGUGAAAAAGCAAAGGCGGAUCAGCUGAUUCAGACCCUGCACGCUGUGGACAAGGAUGACCCUCACAGUGGACACCAGUUCUCCUUCUCUUUGGCCCCAGAAGCAGCCAGUGGCUCAAACUUUACCAUACAAGACAACAAAGACAACUCUGCAGGGAUCCUAACUCGGAAAAAUGGCUAUAACAGACACGAGAUGAGCACCUAUCUCCUGCCUGUGGUCAUUUCAGACAACGACUACCCAGUCCAAAGCAGCACUGGGACAGUGACUGUCCGGGUCUGUGCAUGUGACCACCAUGGCAACAUGCAGUCCUGCAACGCCGAGGCCCUCAUCCACCCCACGGGGCUGAGCACAGGGGCUCUGGUGGCCAUCCUUCUGUGCAUCGUGAUCCUACUAGUGACAGUGGUGCUGUUCGCAGCUCUGAGGCGGCAGCGAAAGAAAGAGCCUUUGAUCAUUUCCAAAGAGGACAUCAGAGAUAACAUUGUCAGUUACAACGACGAAGGUGGCGGAGAGGAAGACACCCAGGCCUUUGAUAUCGGAACCCUGAGGAACCCUGAAGCCAUGGAGGACAGCAAAUCGCGCAGGGACAUUGUGCCUGAAGCUCUUUUUCUACCACGACGGACUCCAACAGCUCGUGACAACACGGAUGUCAGAGAUUUCAUUAACCAAAGGUUAAAGGAAAAUGACACGGACCCAACAGCCCCUCCCUACGACUCCUUGGCCACCUACGCCUACGAAGGCACCGGCUCUGUGGCCGACUCCCUGAGCUCGCUGGAAUCAGUGACCACAGAUGGAGAGCAAGAUUAUGACUAUUUGAGUGACUGGGGCCCUCGAUUCAAAAAGCUGGCAGAUAUGUACGGAGGGAUGGACAGUGACAAAGACUCCUAAUCUGUUGCCUUUUUCAUUUUCCAGUACGACACUGGAAUAUGUGACGUGGCUACUCCUUUCUAUUUAUCCACUAUUCAGUGAGGGGUUCUCCGUUGUACCCGUUCCAAAAGUCAAUGGCUGCAGUCUGUGUGGAUCCAAUGUUAGAGACUUUUUUCUAGUACACUUUUAUGAGCUUCCAAGAGGCAAAUUUUUAUUUUUUAGUUCAUGCAGUUAACCAAGUUAGCCCAGCAGGCACGCGGCGGGAGGAGAGGAAGGAACGGCGUUUUUCCCUUGUUCCGUUAGAGCAGGUUGGCCACAACCCAUACUGCUGGCCUAGACUCUACUUUCAUUCGUGGCCUCCAGUCAGCUGAAUGCUCCAACUGUACAUUUCACAUGCUAAUGGAAAAGGGGAUCAUACUUUAAUGAUAAAAAUAUAGUUUUAGUAUAUAAAAAGGGAGGUAAUAAUUGGGAAAUUGUUUCCGGUAUAUCAGCUCUCAAGGAGAUAGUUAGCUAUGAAGGGGGUUGUAAGGGUGUGUGUGUGUCAAGGGAUUUAAAGUGGUAUCUGGGGUGUCCUGUCUGUGCUGGAAGAGGUGUAUCUGGCACCAACAACUACCCGUAACGUUAAAUCCUUGCGUGUUUUAAGAUGAUUUAGAAGCAAAUCAAAUGGUAUCAUUCAGAGACAGUAAUGAAGGAGAAAGCUGUGUUCCCUGACGCGAUUUUUGUUGCAUAUGAUAAACAUAGAAGGUUUACCAACACACCAAACAAAGGGGAAAAGAGAAAUAGCUUUACAAAAAGAAUAAAGUUAACAAAGGACAUAUUUGAGGAAUUUCAAGGUUUGGUGCCACCAACAGUAUCCCAGAUCCCUUAAUUAUUUCAACUAUCAGUAAACUAAUGAGAAGUAGGUCUAAUCAUAUAAACGUCCUUGAGAGAAUUUCCUGAGGCAAAUGUUAACCCUUUGUCUGUAGUUGUUGUUGCUAUUAUCCUACUAUACCUGAGCGUAGCAGUGUGAAGUACAAUAAUUCAUAUUCUUCAAAUACUUCUUAUAUAAUUAACUUGACUUAGUACGGCUUAGUAGAUUGAAUAUCCCACCCUAGAGUUCAAGGGGAAGGUAAGAGCCAGCCACAUUUGAACCUAAUCCCUGACCUUUGCCCUCUGAGACAUCUGCAUCCCUACACUGCAGCACGGGAGAGAAGUGAAUGGCACUGCGAUGUUGGUGAAAGCCAGCAUUCCAUGCUCCUAAAAUGCUCACAGAAGAGUGUGCAUCCCCUUCAGCGAGAACCCUUAAGACUCAUGUUACAGUGACAGUUGAUUUCCAAAAGUAGCCAUGUUUUCCCACUGCGUUUAAGUUGGCUUCUGUAGCAACACUACCUUCUUUGUCUUUGAACUGGUGAUAAAGUAAUGGUCUCAACUAUGACAGAAAAGUAAUAUAAAAUCCAAUCUAUUAUUGCUCUAAUUAUGCAAUUAGGCUCUCUUAGUCAGUUAUUAUCCAGGGGACCCAACUGAACCCAGUUAAUCCUUCUGACGGGUUCAAAUCAUUUAUUUCAUGUGGCCGCUCUAAUGACUCUCCCCAUUAGAAUCUCAUAUUGUGCAGUCAUCAAAAAUUUUCCAAAGUACUGUAAUGGAAACAUCCUCAUUUGAAAACUUUUUUUAAAGGCUCUGUAUAUACAUAUAUAAUAUAUACUUAAGAAUGUGCUGACUUCUCUUGAUAGUCAUAGGAGUUUAUUUUCAGUUAAUUUUAUAGAGAUAGUCUUAGUAUCAUUUCCAUUUCAGGGUAAGGUUUUAUCAACACAUGUUCUGUUUAGAAACACAACCAUUGUUUAGUUGACUUUUAAAUAGGUAUGUUACCCAGGAAGUAAAGGCGGCUGGCACCUGUGGAGCAAGAGAUGUGGAAUUUGGAUCACGGUUAAAAAAAAAAAAAUACAGCCAUAUUGCCCUUUGUAUUUCCUGAAUGGUUUCCUGUUUGCAAUGGGAUGCCUUGAACAGUAAUGAGCAUUUCAUGCUUAGGUAUUUCCAAUUUUUAGGUUUUCUUUUUCUAAUUCUUCAUAUGUACACAUACACACACACACACACACACACACACACACACACACACGGGAAUGCAAACAAAUGCUCAAGAUGGCUUCACUGAAAUGGGUCAGUACGUAUUAUAUUCACAGGUAAGUAAUGAAAAAAAAAAAGAUAGCCAAGGAAGAUUAAUAAGAGUUACUAGGAAUCACAAGACUGCACCUUACACAGUUUAUUGUAAAAUUAGAGUACUCAGUGUUGUAGCUUACAUUAUGUGACGAAUUGAACCAAGAAACAUAGUUCUUAAAAAGAAAGGUAUCAUCAAAAGUUGCUCUUUUGAGCUUCUGGUGUGAAAUCUGGUGUGAAAUUUCCAAGGGUUGAUAGAAACAAUUUCCAACCUUUUGGGAUAACGUUGACCUCUCCUCUGAGUGCAAGUGUUCCUUGAAAGGAAGUUGAGUUCGCUGCAGUGUGAUUGGUCAAAGUCUUUUUAUCUCACCCUGGGGAAAAAAAAUCACACAUCAUACCAAGAAUAGAUGAGGAUGACUUAAUAUUGAAAUAACUGUUUAUUGUCUUAUCACAAAGAUUGUUGGUGAAGCAAAUCAACAAGAACCUGAAUCAUUUGAGCCCUGUAGGUGUCAACUUCAGAGAAAAUCUUGCCUCUAAGAACCAUCACACAGAAAAUGGGGACUCCAACUUCAUCUCUCUCUGCAGUUCUGCGUCCCACUAAAAUACCAGGUCAAAAACCUCCCUGUGGGCAGAUUUCUUUUAGUGAUGAGCCAACUUGAAAUGUUGUGCUGGGGGGGGGGGGCACAGUUUUCAGCACAGUUUUCAGAUUAUUUGUGUCUUGACCUACAGACACAGGCAGUGAGGGUGGCAAGAAAGUGGGAGGGGUCCACCUUUAACAUUUGCUUUGUCAAACAUAAGCAGAUUGGUUAGCAAUGCAAGGUUGUUUCAAGAGCACUGGUGCCUGUCUAACUUUUCUUUAAACCUCUUUUCCACAGAAAGAGGGUCUUUAAACCUCUUACGAUGCUGCCCAGAAUAAGCUGAGAUUUUAAAGGACAUUGAGCCAUUGUGCAUGAGGUUAAAACUCCCUCACUUUAUAUCUGCUUUCUUCAGAAAAUCUGAAAACAUUUGUCCUCAAAUAAGUAAAUAAAUCAAACAGGAAGAAAGUGCAGACCAUUUCAUAAGACCCUAGGAGUGGAAAUCUGGGCACUGUAAAUACAGCUUCCCUACUUGUAUAUUCUGGAGGUUCGGUUAGAGAGUCACUCUAUUUUCGGGUGGAACAAAGCUGGUGAUUUCAUUUUAAUUCAGGAUAAAAAUACAGGGCUUAGUUCUCAUUUCCACUUCUCAAAGUGUUAUACAAGAGACUGACUCUGUAUCUCAGAAGAUCCGAGUUUUGAGAAGGCAAAAUAACUUCCUAAUGUUUCCAUUAUGUAAUUUGUGUGUCUCAUGAACAAUAUUCUACGGAGAAUGCUUUAUCCUGAAGCAGGUAUUUCCUAGAGGAAAAUGAUUUGUAAAAUAUCAACAAGGCAUUCUUAGAUUCUGCAGCCCUGGGCACCAUAGAAACGUAACAGCUAAAAAGAAAAAGCAGAGUUGAAUCUUGGGUGCAAGCUAAGUAUUUGAAUGAGGUGCUUGUCCUAAUCAAAUCAAUCCCUUUAAUUCAUGAAUACAGCCACCAAAUAAAUCCUCUUAGCCCCCAAUUACUAUGUUUGAAGCAGUAUAAUGACUUUGGAAAAACACUCUAAAAAGUCAAAAUCUCUGCUAUUUUAAAAGGCAGGCUCCAUUAAAAAAUCAUUAUGGUAUAAUUUUAAUUUUUUUACUUUAUCCAGAUGAAAUCGUUUUUUGAAGUGUCACACUGUAGAAGGGGGCUCAGGAUAUAGGCAGUCACUGUAUUUAAACGAACAUGACAUCCAACCUUCUCUAUCAUAUUAUACAAGCAGAAAGAGUAAUAAUUGAUGUGAGAGUCUUCAGAAAGGUUCGCUGCAUCCUAAGCUCUGGCAUCCUAAGCUCUGACAAGCAUGUUUUCUUUUCCAAAGAGUGGAAUGACAUGGUGGUCUCCUCGGAGUUCAGUGACCAUCAUGGUUGCAGACUAUUAAAUCUUCCUUUGACGUCUUUACAGAAUUAUUUUCAAAAGGGAUAAUUCUCCACUAAAAAUACCAGACCCUGACCAUAUUUAAUGUGAAGAGCAAUACCCUGUUAGGAAGCAAAUACAUUGGCUCACAGACUUGUUAAAAGUUAAUAAAGAAAUAGCUCAUUUUUAAAGCCAGGAGUUUAUGGUCUCUGCAUCAUCGAUUUAAUUUAAGCAUUGCUGAGACAAUCUUUAAUCUCCCCAUUUUGUAAUACCUUAUUUAUGGUGCAUUCUCAUUUUUUAAUUUGGGGGGAAUGUUAGCCCUGCCAGAGCCAGCAGAUGAAAGUGUUAAAAGGAGGUCAAACGGAAACCGAGGCCAUUACCCGCCAUAUUUCAGACAGGACUGGGGCACUUAGCUGUGAAGACACCCGGUUAUUAGAUUAAUUUCAAAAGACCUUUUACAAGUUGCUUAAUUCCAUUAAAUAAAAGAAAAAAGAAAGAAAAAAAAAACCCAUGGACCACAAACUCAAAUGUCCUUUCAAAUGAGGUUAUUUGACAAAUGAGAAAUGGACUCAGUAUUGUAGAAAAAGCAUCCCACUGUAAAGAGAGCUUGGUCUUCCGUGUGAGGCUAUGCUAUUUAUGUAAAUAUACUGGCGCACCUUCUGUAAGCUUUUAGUUUUCUAUGAUCUACUAGUUUAGUGUUUAUUAUAAAAUAAAAACCCGUAUGUAGAAUCACUGGACACUCACGGGGAAUGCUUGUACAGCAGACGUCCAAUAGAUCUGCUCAGAAGAAACACAGGAGCACGUCAACCCCUCUGUGCUGUUCUGUUUGCAAUUAUUCUUACUGCUUUGAAAGGAAGCUGCAUCAGAAUAGGCCUUGUAAUAAGCGCCAUAUGCGUCUUCUCUAAUAUCAAGCUAAAGCAGUUUCGCGUUCUCCUACUGUGACUUGUGAUUUCUAAACCAAGAAAAUAAAGGCUUUCUGGUAUCGACUGUACUUACUUAAAAAAAUAAUUCAAGUAUAAACUGAAGCUUAUGCCACCCUUUGAAGACCUACUGGCCGGAGUCCUCUAUCCGUUCGUGUCUUCAGCAAGAUGAACGAACCGGGUGGAUGGAAACAAUCGGGCUAGCUUCCCAUCCAUGCGCCUAGUUCGGCAGCUCCUCGUAGCCUUACGCAUUACGUGGCAAAGUUUUUGUGUUUGAAGAAUGAGAUGGCUCAGUGUGGCUGGGCCUUACUUUGUAGUCAAAUGACAGAUAACACACUCCUUGACAUGGCUUCUUUCGUUUGGUUUUCCUUUCUUAGUCUUAUAAAUUUGAAAAGAAUGCAACUUUAAAAAGUGAUUUCUCACAAAGAGUAAAUAUGCCUUUUGCAAAUCAAUUUUUGUAACGUUAUUUAUAUGAUAUUACUUAAUAAACUGUUUUUUUCUAA